UUGCACUAGGAAGUAGGAGUUGGUGGACCUCGCUGAAGACAAAUCGGUUGCCACCCAGACAUACGCAAAAGCAGGAUUUGAAUACCUGGGCAGAAUGUCAGGCCAGAACUACACCCCAGCACUAUUCUGCCCCAGUCAACUGCCAGCCUUAUACCAGCCAAUGGCGAAUUCUACAAGCCUGCUGAAUGCCACAGGGACUUCAUGGUUUCUGCAAGGAAACACCGCGUUUGACGUAGGUAGAAUCUCAGGCCAGAACUACACCUCAGCACUUACCUGCCCCAAUCAACUGCCAGCCUCAUAUCUGCCAAUGGCAAAUUCUGUAAGCCCACUGGAUGCCACAGGGACUUCAUGCCUCCUGCCAAGAGAUGCAGGCAGCCAGACUGUGUUUGAAACUAUGCAAACAAGACCGUCCUUGAGUCUGAAUUAUUCCUCUGCCACUCCUAAUCCUCUUCCUUCUGAGGAAAGAAGCACGUCUUCUAUCAGCAAUGAUUUAAAUUCAUCAAUCUGCAGACAAAGAAUUGGAAGAGACUGGAAGCCACAAGAGGAACCCCCCUUAUCCAAUUCCUAUGCGCAUCUAGCAAAUCAGUCAAAGCCCACUUCACAACCACAGCUGAGGAUGGUGCUGCUGGGGGAGAAAGGGGUGGGGAAGAGUUCCUCUGGGAACACCAUCCUGGGACGGGCGGCAUUUGGAACCAAGUCCACCUCCACCUCCCGCACCGAGAUUCAAAUUGGAGAGGAGGCUGGGAGAAGGCUGUUUGUGAUCGAGUCCCCCGCUGUGUUCGCCACAGAAACCUCCGCCUUCGGCGACCGGCAUGAGAUCAGGUGGUGUAAGGAUCUGUGUGCGCCAUGGCCACACGUUUUUCUGCUGGUGGUGAGGUUGGACAAGCACGGCAAGAAGGAGAGAGGCGCAUGCGAGCAGAUACAGGAGGCUUUCGGGCAGCAAGCCCUGGGGUACACCAUGGUCUUGUUCACGCAUGGAGACCUGCUAGGGGGGCGGCCCGCCGAGGAGCACCUUAGAGAGAGCCUGGAGCUGGUGGGAGAAUGUGGUGGCGGCCAUCACGUCUUCAACAACAAGGCCAGCGACGACCGUGCCCAGGUCACCAAGCUGCUGCGGAAGAUUGACAGAAUGGUGCUAGAGAAUGGUGGGAAGGGCUACUGUAAUGUGUUAGAGAAUGGUGGGAAGGGCUACUGUAUUGUGUUAGAGAAUGGGAGGGGCUACUGUAAUGUGUUAGAGAAUGGUCCUCUAGCACUGGCCUGCUUGUGGCCCCUAUACCAGUUUAUCCACCUCUAG